AUGACCGACGCUGAGCUGGAGCCUCAGCUCUCUAUCCUAAAUCCUCAUCCAACUCGGGCCCCGGGACCUCGCCUCCUUCACCAGCUUGUGCAGCUUACAUCAGAUGAAUCGCUGCCAGCGAUUCACUCACUCAAUAGCCAUGGAGAAGAGUCGACUCUCUCCUACGCUCAGUUCCAUGAUGCCGCGGAUGCCCUAGCAGCUCGGAUCUCUCGUUUGGCUGCGAUAUCCUUCGCGUCGGAUGAUUUUGUUAUACCGAUACUCAUCCCCCAAUGCUCACAUCUCUAUAUCGCGAUGCUGGCUAUCCUCAAAGCCGGCGGUGCUUUUUGCCCUUUGCAUCUAGAUGCACCUCCCGAGAGAGUCAGAUUCAUUCUUCAAGACGUAUCGGCGAAAGUUGUUCUUGUCACACGAGACUUGGUAUCAAAGAUCCCCCGAGACGAUCCAGAGAGGGUUGUCUUAGUCGUCGACGAAGAGGUCACUGAUGAUCCGAAUUCAUCGCCGAGUCUCCCAAUCAGGCAUGUUGAGCCUCAACAUCUUUCCUAUGUCAUGUACACUUCUGGGUCAACCGGCACGCCAAAAGGCGUCGGAGUCUCGCACGACGCUGCAACACAGAGUCUUCUCGCCCAUGAUCGACAUAUUCCCAGAUUCAGGCGCUUCCUUCAAUUUGCCUCGCCGACGUUCGAUGUAUCAGUAUUCGAAAUUUUCUUCCCUCUUCUUCGUGGAUCAACACUAGUUACGUGCGAUCGUGGUCGCAUGCUUAACGAUCUUCCUGAUGUCAUCAGGACUUUGCAGGUCGAUGCAUGCGAGUUGACGCCUACAGUCGCUGGCAGUCUCCUUCGCUCGCGUCAGAACGCUCCUUGUCUAAAGCUCCUUCUGACGAUUGGUGAGAUGUUGACAGAGUCCGUUAUUCGCGAGUUUGGCGGCAGCGACGUUUCGGACAGCAUGCUAUGGGGCAUGUAUGGCCCAACCGAGGCUGCAAUUCACUGCACACUUAGACCAAGAUACCCUACGGCUUGUUCUUCUUCGAAUAUCGGAUUUCCUCUGGAUUCAGUCUCGUGCUUUGUCGUCGCUAUCCCCGAAGACGGCGCCCCUUUCAACUUCAGCAUACUUCCGAAGGGGGAACUCGGGGAGCUUGUCGUAGGAGGAUAUCAACUCGCCAACGGUUAUCUCAACAGGCAAGAACAGACGGAUGCGGCAUUUAUCGACACUCCUUACGGCCGCGUUUACCGCACCGGAGACAAAGCCAUUGUAAAUUCAGAUGGAACUAUGGAUUGCCUUGGGAGGAUAUCAGACGGGCAAGUCAAGCUGCGCGGCCAGAGAAUUGAGCUCGGCGAAGUGGAGCAAGCGGCAAUGCGGACCACCGGUUGCCACAGUGCUGUUGCCAUGGUCCUCGGUGGGAUUCUAGUUGCUUUUUGCGCCAUUGAUGAAGGAUUUACCCCGGGUGACUAUGUGGAAGACAUUCUCAACACUUGCCGUACAUGGCUCCCGUCUUUCAUGGUCCCCGGUGACAUCGUCAUCAAGACAUGCUUCCCAAGACUUGCUUCAGCUUUACGGGAAGGCGGUUUUCGAACAUCAGCAACGGACGUCCUCAAUUCCAAGACUCUUUCAGCCCUGUUCACCUCUGUACAAGCAUCGGGAUCAACCUCGACAGCAGACCAAGAAGACCGCGUGCUUGGCCUCAAGGAUCCCUGUGAGAUACACAUCGACCAGGUGCUGGAGCAACGAGCGGACCUGACUUCUCUGAGAGACGACAUCGCACGCUUUCAAAUGUGCACACCUCUGCAAAAUUCAAUGCUAGCAGAGACAUCUGUCAAUCCUCAGGCCUAUUGCAACUGGAUCAAGCUUGGAUUUCCGGCAAAGACUACGACGGAGGAAAUUUUUCAGUGGACCUACCAGAUUGCACAGAACAAUGAGAUCUUACGGUCAGGGUUCGUAUUGUGUGAUGAUAAGUUCGCACAAAUCGUCUACAGAAAGCUUCCUCAGUCUUCUGUUCAAGUUGUCCCCCAACUGGACGAGAGUUAUUGUCUAGCUUCUGAUGAGAAUUACUUGCGUCCUCUCAGAGUCCAAAUUCUGGAAAGUCAACAAGGUCUUGGGCCAACUGUGCUCUUCCAUAUGCAUCACGCCCUCUACGACGGAUGGUCAGCCGACAUGUUGAUCAAAGACUUUUCCACAAUGGCCGACGGUGGAAUACCCGAAAUCAGACCGCAGUUCCAAGACGUUUCCAGAUUUUACGCGGAACCUGCUAACAGAGGCCGCAUGGAUGAGGCGCGUGAAUUCUGGGCGGAUCAUCUGCUUGGUUGGCAACGACAUAAUCUACCGCGUCUAAUGGGUCGCCCUGCUGAUACCGUCGAGACUCAGACUGCAGUUAGAGCGAUGCACAUUUCGCAAAGCGCCCUAGAGGAGACCGCAACACGGCUUCAAUGCCAUCCUCAAGUUUUCUUUCAAGCUGCUACGUUAUGGCUUUGGGCCGGGUUGCAAGGACAGACGGAUGUUGUAAUUGGCUCAGUCUCGUCAGGCAGGACCAUUCCGGUAACUAGCAUUGAGCGCAUCAUGGGACCUUGUAUCACGACAACGCCUUUGAGAGUCAACUUCGCCGGGAUUGCGACAGUUGUCGACCUCGUUCGCCACAUCCAGGGUAUGAACCGUGGCACGCUACAACACGGCGUGUUACCGUUGGCAGACAUCAAGAGAAUCGCAGGCGUGAACCUCGGAGAUGCCCUCUUCGAUGUGCUGUUCGUCUACCAAGAGUCUCUCUACAGUCAGCAAGCAAAACAUGGCUAUGUUCGGGAAAUAUCUCAUCAGGACUUUCUAGAGACCAGCCUUCUGGUUGAAGUUGAGCCUUCCGCCGAGAGCUUGGUUUGUCGCCUGACAUACCACACCACCGCAUUUACCACAGAACACGCCAAGAUUUUGAUGGAACAAUUGGACUCGGUGGUUUCACACCUGAUACUAGAGCCUCAAAGCCAAGUGGAAACUAUCGGAAAAUCACUGUCCCCAGGGCUCACUUCCAUCUUCAACGUCCAUCCUGCAACUCUCUCCACGGUCCCGGACCUAGCGGCAAUGUUUGAGCACACAGCAAUUGUCACACCCGAUGCCACAGCCAUCCGAUUCGCAAGAUCUCUUGACGAAGGAGAUUUUGAGACCAUAUCGUACAGCAGCCUGAAUACCUCGGCUAACAAAAUCGCGAGGCAUCUUCAUCAGCUAGGCGCGAGAGAGGGCGACAUUGUGGGCAUAAUUAUGGAAAAAUCAAUCUGCUUGUAUGCCGCCAUCCUGGGUAUUCUUAAGGCUGGCUGCGCAUACUUGCCUCUCCUGCCUACUACCCCGAAUGACAGAAUCCGGCUCAUUUUGACGCAAGCAGAGGUUACAGCGUUUGAUGUCUCAGUCUUUGAGAUUUUCUUUACUUGGAAGGUUGGAGCAUGUUUGUGCUCUGGUACCAACGAUACCCUUUUUGGGGACUUGGAGCGUGCCAUCCAGUUUUUGGGAUGCACUCAUCUCAGCAUGACCCCGACGGUUGCUUCUUUAGUCAACCCUCGCAAUGUGCCCGCAGUUAAUUUCCUCGCUACUGCCGGCGAACCCAUGACUGCACAUGUUGCAGAGAAAUGGACCGGCUUCCUAUAUCAAGGAUAUGGCCCAGCUGAAACCACAAACAUUUGCACCGUCAAGAGGAUGAAGCCUGGAGACUUCAUCGACCAUCUUGGGUUCUCAUUUGACAACACUUCAACCUUUGUUCUCGCCUCUACAGCGAACGCAGCAGUUCCCAUUGGCUGUGUCGGCGAGCUCUGCUUUGGAGGAGACCAAGUUGCAGCUGGCUAUCUAGGGAUGAAGAGUCUCACUGAGUCCAAGUUCCUCGAGCACCCGCAGUUCGGUAGAAUCUACCGAUCAGGCGACAUGGGACGGAUGCUUGCAGAUGGAUCCUUGAUGGUACUUGGACGAAUGGAUGACCAACUUAAACUACGCGGACAGCGGAUUGACACUGGCGAAAUCGGCAGCAUCCUCACGAAUUCAAGCAUUGCUACGUCAAGCGCAGUAGUCAUCGUCAGCAACGCAACUACAACCGCGUCUCAAUUAGCUGUGUUCUAUGUACCCGCGCAACAAUCCCAUGCUGAAUUUAGGACUUUGCCUAUCGACGAAGAACUGUUCCAAGCAAACAACACCCUUUUCAGCCUCCUUAGAUCACGCGUACCCGCCUACAUGGUCCCGAGCUACCUGGUCCCAAUAAGUUCUGUGCCGUUGACGUCUAGUGGCAAGGUCGACAAAGCCAGGCUUCAAGCAAUUUUCCGCGUCUUAGAUCGGAACUACGUCGGCCGUGCUGCAGGCUCUCUCCAGCAGAAGGAAGAUGAAAAGUUCUGGUCUGAUGAGGAACGAACAAUCAGAGCGGCGGUGUCCCAGACAACCAAUGUAGCAGCAAAUGAAAUUGCUCGAUGGCAGCCUUUUUCUGCUCUUGGGCUAGACUCUAUAUUCGCAAUUUCACUCGCUAGGUCUCUACAAGCUUCUUUCAGCCGAAGGGUGCCGGUUUCGAUGAUCCUUCGGACAGGCUGCAUAGCUCGCUUGGCCCAGGAGAUACUUGCCAAUACACCAAUUACCUCCUCAAGCACAAUUUCUAGUGUCUCCACGCCGUUACCUUGGGAAUUCGUUAACGAAGUAAAGCGAGACUUCGCGAAAGAGGGAAAACAGGUUUCUUCAGUUCUACCGUGCACCCCGCUUCAAGAGGCCAUGCUUUCGUCAACGACGGGGUCAUCCUACUCAAACCAGAUGAUCUUCAGACUACAUAUUCCUGAUACAGACAUGAAGGGGCACUGGAAGCAUAUGCACCACCGGCAUGGCAUUCUUCGGACCUGUUUUGUGUCGACUAGAGACUCAAAAUGUGCCGUUGCGCAAGUUGUGUUAGACUCUGUGCCCAUGACGUGGGGCCUGAUCGAGGUAGACAGUCUAGAAGAAGCAGCCAGUCAACACGUGGAAGGGUUGCCCGGUGCAGUGGACUCAAAAAUCCCACCACUUUCACUCGCUAUCCUCAGGGUAGCAGGAGAUGUCUAUCUCUCAUUUGCAUGCCACCAUGCUCUUUAUGACGGCGUGGCAAUGGAGGCACUUCUUGCGGAGGUUGAGCUGCUCGCAGCCGGCAAGACUCUCCCGGCUCCAUUGGAGUACGAGCCUAUUCUUGCAGAGAUUCUUCAAUCACCCGACGGAACAAGCAGUUUCUGGAAGAGCCACUUCGAAGCCUUCAAGCCCACUCAGCACAUUCUCUCAGCUGGGGGCUCUCAACUUCCUGGAUCAUCCACGACUAUUGUCACGUCGAAGCCGCUUGUCAUGUCCCUCGGCCAAAUGCAAGCUAUAUGCAAGACUUUGGGUGUUUCAGUGCUAUCCUACUUCCAAACAGCAUGGUCUGUAUUCCUAACUCUGGUAUAUGAGGAGUCAGAUAUUUGCUUUGGAAACGUCAUGAGCGGCAGGGCUUUGGCAGUGGAUGGCAUUGACCGUUUAGUCGCUCCCUGUUUCAAUACUUUGCCUGUCAGAGUUGAAGUCCCCCUAUCAACGGAAAGCGCGGCGCUUCUCAAGACAUUCCAGAACAUCAAUCCUCGUCUAUUGGAGCAUCAGUUUACCCCCUUGCGUUCAAUUCAAAACCAGGUUUCGAAGAGUGGUAGACAGCUAUUUGACUCUCUUCUCCUCCUUCAGCAACCGAAACCAGAUCGUUCUUCUGGUAUUUGGGAACUAGUUGAGGAUAAUGGAACCAUGGAUGUACCUCUCGUUUGCGAAUUGGUCCCGUCUCCGGUCCGUGACCUGAUGAUCGUUACACUUCACUCUAACAGUCCUUUCAUGACACAAGAAGCAGCCGUUGCACUGCUCGACACGUUUUUGUUUGUUGCUCAGCACAUAGCGACCCACCCUGCUUCCAGUAUUCCUACGCGAGAUCAUUUGGCGCCAGGGACAAGGCGGGCCCUUGAACGUCUCAAAGUCGAUAAGAUUUCAGAGAAAACUGAGAAAUCAGACGCAGACGUAGCUUCCGUCACCGAAGAGUGGAGCCAAGAUGAAGACCAGCUCCGAUCGAUCAUCUCCGAGCUCUCGCAGGUUCCAGCCUCAAACAUUCGCAGAAACACAACCAUCUUCCAGCUAGGCCUUGACAGCAUCAAUGCAGUACAACUUGCAACCAUGAUGCGCAAGAGAGGUCUGGAGUUGUCUGCCUUGGACGUCAUCGAAUUCCCUACUUGUGCGAGACUGGCCACUCGACUACACGUUGUACCCGCGAAAAAUACCCGUCAAUAUAACUUUACGAAAUUCGACCGAGAAGUCAGGGACUCUUCGGCUGGUGAAUUCGACAAGAUCCUACCAUGUUCGCCUUUACAAUCCGCUAUGCUGAACGACUUCAUCCAGUCAGAGGGUAAAGACUACCUCAAUUACAUGUCUUUUGCGCUCAACGAAGACAUUUCUGUUGAUUUACUUCAGAAGGCGUGGACUGCUUUGCUCGACCACCAUGAGAUCCUGAGGACAGGGUUCAUCUCCACACAACAUCGAGAUGCCUCUUUUGCAAUGGUGCAGAUCCCGUCCACACGCUGCCACCUUCGUCUCACGGUUUACAAUAAUGCGCCCGAGUCGUUCAGUGUCACAAAGUGGAAACUAGACACUGCGCACGAAAUUUUGAGCUCAAUGGAGCAACCCCCUUGGGCCUUAGCUCUCGAAUCAGCGACCUCGGGCGUGACAAUGCAUCUGAUAAUUCACCAUGCGCUCUAUGAUGCAUACUCAUUGCAGCUGCUUCUUCGGGAUCUGUCAUCAUAUAUCUCCGGAAGACCCAUGGUCCAACACUUGUCUAUUGAGAAUGGUCUCUCGGAAAUCCUUCAGGCUUCUCUUGAUACUAGCGAAGCAGAAACUUCCUGGAAGCAAAAGACUGCUCAAGUUGUCGUCAACCGUUUCCCUACCUUGACGCCCCUGACGGAAAAGUCUCCGGAAUCGAUGGCUGUAAAAAGAUUCUCCAGUGUGGACUUCACCCAACUGUCCGCAAACGCGAAGAGGCUCGGUGUAUCAAUUCAGGGUGUCCUGCAAGCCACCUGGACUCGUAUCUUGUCCGCAUAUCUAGGCGAAGAAGAUGUAGUGUUCGGCAUCGUCUUGUCUGGUCGCCUAAGCGAUGAGACAAAGAACAUCGUUUUCCCAUGCAUCACUACUCUGCCUGUCAUCGCGCACAACAGAUCAUCAAAUUCUGAGCUUGUUCAACAGAUGCUUGACUACAACAAUCAGCUUCUGAAGCAUCAGAAUGCCCCUUUGGCACAAGUUCAGAGAUGGCUUGGAUAUCCAAACACGAGAGUAUUUGAUACCCUACUUGUGUAUCAACGAAUGCCAACUGACGACGCUCCCGGUUUCCCAUGGGAAGUUGUCAGCGAUGAGGGCAACUUGGAUUAUCCAGUUUCGUUUGAAGUCGAACCGCUUCCCGAAGGCAAGAUCCAACUGCGUCUGUCCUUCAAAACCGAUAUUUUGCCCAAGACUCAAGCAAUUUAUUUGCUGGACCAAUUCGACGCAGUGCUAAGGCAUCUCGUCCAGUGCCCCGAGCAGACGGCAGAUGACCUAUGGACCACUGAUCCGUCGAUUUUCUCCAUUAUACCUCCCCUGGAGCCUACGAUUCAUUCCAACGAACCUUUCCUCCACAGCUUUGUCGAGACCAAGGCUGAGACUCAUCCUGACAAGAUUGCCCUGGAAUUUGUGACCGGUUUCAAUGGCGAAACUCCUAUCUCUAGACAAUGGUCUUUCCGGGAACUCAAUGAGAAGGGAAACCAGGUCGCGCAUGUUUUGUUACCUCACGCAAAAGUCGGCGAGACUAUCGCAAUUCACUUUGAUAAGUGCCCGGAGGCCUGCUUUGCGAUUCUUGGAAUUCUCAAAUCAGGCUGCGCUUUUCUAGCCUUGGACCCGUCGGCUCCCAAAGCGAGAAAGGAGUUCAUUCUCAAAGACUCUGGCGCUUUGGUAUUAUUGACUAAUGUUGAUAUCGACUUUGCCGUCGAGCAGCCUAUCAUUCAUAUAGACGACACUGCACUGAGUCACCAGCCAAGACAAUUCAAUCCCCCGAAAGGUUUGAGCGUGCAAGACAAUUCUUAUUGUCUGUACACUUCUGGCACCACUGGGACACCCAAAGGAUGCGAGAUAACUCACGAGAACGCAGUCCAGGCCAUGAAGGCAUUCCAGAGGCUGUUUGAUGGACACUGGGAUGAGACGUCCAAAUGGUUGCAGUUCGCAUCGUUCCACUUCGAUGUGUCUGUUUUAGAACAGUACUGGAGUUGGUCGGUGGGGAUGACUCUGGUCGGAGCGCCCAGAGAUCUGAUUCUUGACGACCUUGCCGGUACGAUUCAGCGCCUCGGCAUUACGCACAUUGACUUGACGCCCAGCUUGGCUCGUCUUCUUGAUCCAGUUGAGGUCCCAAGUCUGUCAAGAGGAGUCUUCAUCACUGGAGGAGAGGCUCUCAAACAGGAAAUUCUUGAUGUUUGGGGCCCUAUUGGUGUGAUCUACAACGCAUAUGGUCCGACUGAGGCAACAAUCGGGGUCACCAUGUAUCAACGUGUACCACAGAACGGCAGAGCAUUGAAUAUUGGCAAACAGUUCGACAACGUUGGAUCAUACGUGUUGCAUCCAGGCACGGACAUUCCGGUCAUGAAAGGGGGUGUUGGAGAGCUCUGUGUUUCCGGAAAACUUGUUGGCAAGGGUUAUUUGAAGCGACCGCAAUUGACUCAGGAACGAUUCCCCUUUCUGGAAAGACAUGGUGAACGUGUCUACCGCACCGGAGACCUGGUCAGAGUACUACACGAUGGCUGUUUUGACUUCCUUGGCCGUGCUGAUGACCAAGUCAAGCUGAGAGGUCAACGCCUGGAAAUAGGGGAGAUUAACCACUCGAUUCGAACUCGGGUUCGUCAGGUUAGCGAUGUCGCUACUUUGGUGACCAAGCACGGCAGUCUCGACAAGGAUCUCUUGGUCACGUUUUUCAGCUGCAAGUCAACGAGUGCUUCGAAGAACGAACUGCAGGUCUUGAGUGGAACAGAUACCGCAGCCCUCGUCCGUUCUGUCCGGAAAGCCUGCAGAGACACUCUACCGGGAUACAUGGUUCCUUCAUACAUCUUCCAGGUUCCAAGAAUACCUCUUUCUCCAAACAAUAAGGCAGACAUCAAGCAGCUCAACCAACUUUUCCGCACGCUCACCCCUGAGAAAUUGGUGCGACUGUCACCGUCUUCAAGCGCAGCUUCUGAGCCAGUCAAUGACACUCAGCGCCUGGUCCUAUCAACGACGAGAGAGUUCCUGGGAGAUGACACGAACAUAUCUCUAUCGAGCAAUAUUUUUGACCUCGGCGUGGACUCUAUCUCAGCCCUAAGGUUGUCACGCCAGUUGCGCAAGAAUGGUCUUAUUGCAGCGUCGCCCCAGGUCGUUCUUCGAAACCCAGGUCUGGGAGAUCUGGCCGAAACUCUGCAAGAGAGUCAGUCUUCGAAUGAAAGCAGUGGUGUCCAAGAGGCACGCCAGCUCAUUCACGCAUUUGAACACAGAUACCGGUCCUUGGCCGUCCAAGAGCUUGGAUUGACAGAUGAUCGAGACAUCGAGUACGUUGCACCAUGCACGCCUCUUCAAGAAGGAAUGCUUUCGCGCUUCAUGUCAGAUCAGGACGAAGGUGCCUACUUCACUGCGUUCCGCCUCAAGCUUGCGCCAGCAGUAUCAAUUGCCAAGCUCAAGAGCGCCUGUGAGAACAUGGUGAAAGCGCAUGCGAUCUUACGAACUAGCUUCAUCCAAACACCUGCUGGUUUUGCUCAAGUCGCAGUCAAGUCAUCUCAGCUCUCAUGGAAAGAUUUCCGUGAUCGUAGCCCCGCCGAGCUCAAGUCACUACUCUCCAGUGCUCUUCCAGACCUAAUACAUCAGAACAGCAGGAAUGUUUCGAAUCCUCUGGAGCUGAUUGUUACUCAACUGGGCGAGGAGACUGUCCUUGUUGUUCACAUCUUCCAUGCGCUGUACGACGGCUCAAGCUUCGAAUCCAUGCUUCGAUGGGUGUCUGCUGAGUAUUUGAACCAAGAACACGAGACACCUCCAUCUUUUCUAGACACCCUCGCUCAUGGUCCUUUGGCAAAUUACGAUUCUAGCCGCCAGUUCUGGGUUGAGCAUCUGAGUGACUGCUCCUUCGAUACCCUUCCUAGGUUGCGCUCAGGAGAUGCUGCUGCUAUCAUCACAAAGACCAAGACUUACUCGGCACGCAAUCUGGAGACGUUGCGUAGAUCUCUGAACGUCACCCUGCAGUCGGUUGUGCUUGCACUGUGGACCUCUGUCAUCAAAAAGCACUUUCCAGGCAACGCUGCUACUGGAGUCAUUGUUUCUGGCCGAUCUAUUGAUCUGGAACAGAUUGAGAAUACCAUCGGCCCGUUGUUCAACACACUAUUAUUCUAUGCUGGCCUCAAAGAGGGUGACACUUGGUUAUCCCUUAUCCAGAAAUGUCAUGAGUUCAACACUUCCGUGCUGCAAUUCCAGCACGUGCCGCUACGCAACAUUCAAAAAUGGUGCACAAAGUCUAGAGGCCGUCCCAUCUUCGAGAAUCUGUUCGUGUUCCAGAUCCAGGCACCUCCAUCCACAGAGCCAUCUGGCAUGUGGUCCGUCAUGGACGACUACAGUGUUUCUGACUACCCGCUGGCCUUCGAAGCAUCCGCGACCCCAGACGGCCAGUUGCGCAUCCAGAUUGUCGCGCACAGAGAUGUAGCCGACGAAUUGACGAUGAGCUCUUUGUUUGAAGAGAUUGAUGACGCCAUGGUCGACGUGACAUCAAGGGCCACUCAUUCCUUGCCUGUUACCGCGAAUCCUUCCAGGGAGGCUUCAACAGCGGCAUCUCCCCGCACACCACUGACUUCAAGACCGGAGUCCGUUGAUGGGGAGAUCUCGAAAGAUUACCAGCUCGACUUGAGCCUGUCAGAUUUUGAGUGGAACUCAACUGCCUUGGCUUUGAGGAAGGAGAUUGCCGCCCUGGCGGGUGCUUCCGAAGACAGCAUCACAGAGAACAUGGCGCUGCUUCAAUUAGGUCUUGACAGCAUUGAUCUCGUCAAGCUCUCUGCAAGGCUCAAACACAUCGGCUAUGAGCUCACUUUAUCUCAACUUAUGCGUGCGCAAACGAUCGCUGCGAUGUCCAAAAUCUUGAAGGAUAAGAAGGCAACUGAAACUGAGGUCGAUGGCCAGUCGGGCUUCGAUGAGCUCAAGCGUCACUUAUGGAGAGCAGUGGAAGCAACUCAAUUCAACCUAGACAACGUGGAGGCUGUCUUGCCUCCUACCCCUCUGCAGGAGUCUAUGAUGGGAGACAUGCUACAGUCAGACUUUCUCCGGUACUUCAAUCAUGACAUCUUGGAGCUGGCCGAUGGACUAGACCUUGACAGAUUUGAAAGGGCCUGGAAGCAGACCGUGGAACGCUCACCAAUACUGCGAACCGUUUUCGUCCAGAUUGAGGAUCCGGACGUGAAGCAGACUUUUGCCCAGGUUGUGUUAAAGUCAGAUUCUUGCUUACUGGCAUUGUGCAAGUAUGAAGUAAAUGGUCAGAACGAGCCGCAGACCAUCAUCCAACACCACAAGGAGACUGCACAAGCCGCGAACGGGCAAGGCAAAUUACUUCAAUUAUCCCUCCUAUCUACGGGCUCGAGGUCUCUGCUCAUUCUAUCGAUUUCACAUGCUCUGUACGAUGGCUGGUCAUUGGCCUUGCUACACCAAGACAUUGCUGCCGCCUAUCGAGGCCAGUCGGUUGAUCGCCCGCCAACUGAGCCGUUCCUGCGAAACCUGAUAAAAACACCAACUGACCAGUCAAGAAAGUUUUGGUCUCAAUAUCUCGCAAACACUCAGCCGUCUGUGCUGCCCAAGAGGCAAUCUUCUGACGAGCUAUCAAGGGACGUCACUCACCGCACGGAAGCUAUCUCUAGCAUCAAGCAGGAACAAGUUACUGCAUUCUGCAAACGUUAUGCUGUCAGCUUGCAGGUUUUGGGUCAAGCGUGUUGGGCAUCGGUAGUUGCGACUUUGAUCCAGUCUCUUGAGGUCACUUUCGGUGUGGUUCUUGCUGGCCGAGACUCUGAACAAUCGCAAGCUCUGAUGUUCCCGACAAUGAACACUGUAGCAGUCCGUUGCUUCCUCCACGGCUCUACUACGAGCUUCUUGCGCUACCUUCAAGAGACGAUGAGCGAUAUCACGGAGUUCCAGAACUACCCUCUGCGAAAAGCCCAGAGCGCUGCGGGCGGGCGUCUCUUCAAUACUCUCUUCAUCCUCCAGAAGAGCCCCAACUCAGGACCAGACGACGUCCAGAUCAUGAAGUCUAUUCAGGGGUCUUCCGCAACCGACUUCGCUGUCUGUGCUGAGUUGGAGGUCACCCCCAAUACACUUGUUUGGCGCAUUGCUGGACAGAAUGCCUUUGUGUCUGAAAAGAUGACGCAGCAGCUACUUCAUCAGCUUGACAGAUCUUUGAUGUUCAUUGUCAAUACACCUGAAGACAAUCUUCUCCGCUUUGAGGGUGACCAGGUUUCUAUCUGUCAACUGCCAAGAUUCCACUCCAAAGCAACGACGCCCUCGUCUUCGGGAUCGACACCAACAACGAGGCCAUCUGGAGAUGAUACUGAGUGGACACCAGAUGAGAGCGCUAUACGAAGAGUACUCUCGCGAGCAGCGAAUGUAGAAGUCCAGUCAAUCAGCAAAAACCACACCCUUUACAACCUGGGUCUAGACUCUAUCAGCGCCAUCAAAGUGGCGGCGCUUCUGCGCAAAGAGGGUAUCAACCUUGGCGUUCGCGCGCUCUUAACUUCCAGCUCAAUCAAGGAGAUGGCCCGGCAUGCCCAAGCUACUCCUACCAGUUUUGAUGCUGCACCAGAAACGCAGGGUAUUGCAUCCAGAUACAAGCUACCCACUUCUAUCAACACGCAAGCGCUGCUUUCCAAUGCUGCCUUGCCCGAGUCGUGUGUCGAGGAUAUUUUGGCACCACUCCCAAUGCAAGUCUACAUGGUCUCCGCGUGGCAGAACGCAAAUGGUCGUGUUUUCUAUCCCGAAUUCUUUUAUCGCCUCAAGGGGUCUGUCAAGAUUGACCAACUGCAGUCAGCAUGGGCUGCUGUGGUGGACUCUGAGCCAAUUCUCCGAACUUGCUUGGUCGCUACUGGCGAAAGAUCACUCCCCUUCGUCCAGAUCAUAUUGCAGACUGAAAUUGACGGACCCCACAAGCGGAUUGUCAUUGAUGGAAAACGUUCAACCGCGGAAACAAAACAAUGCUACCCGCAAGUGCAACUCAGUACGAAGCAAGAAGACAACGAGUCGUGGGCACUGAAGUUACGUAUUCACCAUUCUCUUUACGACGGCUUCAGCCUGCCGGCUCUCAUGCAGAAGUUGCAGGCAACAAUUCAGUCGGAAGCUUCUGAUAUAGUAGUUGAUCUGGGUUCAUGGAGGGCAUUCCUUGCUUCGAGCCAUGCGAUUGAAGUCAAGCAGAACAACAAGGCGUUCUGGUCCAAGUAUCUGAACGGUGUUGGCCAGUCGACGAGCGAUGGUCACGCAGAUCAGUCUGUCUCAUUGAGCCGAGUUGCUCUUCUCAAACGCUCGGUUGUCCCGGAAGUUGGCCGUCUCCAGAAACGUUCUGCCCAAGCCGGCGUCGGACUACCGGCGCUUUUCUUCGCCGCCACAGCAAAAGCACUCCAAAAGUUCAGAAGUCAGGGAACGAGAGACAUUGUCUUUGGUAUCUAUUAUGCUAACAGAUCAUCGACCAAGGAAUUGGCCAGCACGUUCCCCACGCUCAACUUGGUGCCGCUCAAGGUGUCUCUGACAGCAGAUCUUGACAUCCUCCAGAUUGCCAAGGAUGUUCAAGAGGACUUGCAUCACAUUUCCUCUCAUGCAGCUGUCGGUCUUUGGGAGAUCAAGGAUUGGACUGGGCUCGAGAUCGAUUGUUUUGUCAACUUUCUCCACCUCGGUGAAGACAGCAGUGAGAUGCCGGAGAUCGGCAACGUUUCGCUGGAGCCAAUUUACAAUCUCGGCGAGACAGAUGAAGCCAGCAGCAGCAGCAGCAGCAAUGAUGCCGAAGAGUGUUCGGCACGCUGGCUGAAGAACAAUGCGGUCAAAGACGCCUUUCCAGACGCACUCGAUGUUGAAGCCUCGAUCAAUGCGGGUGCAAUGGACAUCGGAGUCUUCGGAGCAUCGACGAAGGUAUCUGAAGAUACUGCCGAAGGGUUGAUUGGACUACUCGGUGGUUUACUGAAGGAUUUGUAA